AUGCUGGACUGGAUGAAGGGGAACGAGGCUGGGGCUGCAGAUACCUCCACGGUGCUGGAGCCCCCCGAGACGCCAGCUCCCGUGUUUGCGAUGCGCGCCUUCAGGAGCGCCCUAUUUGGCACGCCCGGGGCCGAAGAGGAGGAAAAUAAGGAGAAUGAGGAGGGCACAUUACUAUCAAAACCGUCUGGUCACCAGCGCAGCAAGAGUGAGACCACUAAGCCUAUUACGAUCGCGGAGAAAGAAACCGCGACGACCGACCUCGACUCGACCUUCAACCCCUCGGGAUCGCCCACUAAAGGCAUACUUGUGACCCCCGGCACGAUCGCGAACCGACGCAAAACGGUUUCUUUUGGUGAGGGCGUGGUUGACAAUGAAGGGAAACGAGAUAGCCAGUCCAGCAGGGCCGUGAAGACACCCCCCAAUCCGUCGGGGAUUACUGCCCAAUGGAUGUCUGGCUCUGCUGAUGGCAAGCCACGGAGCAAGCUUACACAAACUCUGAUGGAUGCUCGCGAUAACGCGUCGAAGAACGCCGAAUCGUCCAAGUCUAUCCAGGAUACUCCAUCCGAGUCCAAGCCCGCCACCGGCACUCAGUUGAAGAACGAGCCAAGCAUGGAGGACAUUACGACUAAUCUGGAUGAGCCACGGUCGGAGUCGGGCAAAUAUUGGAAGAUGGAAUUUGACAAUUAUCGCGUGCGCACCAACCGCGAGAUCAAGAAGCUCAUCCACUACCGAUCGAUCGCCAAAUCCUAUGCUCGCAAGAAGGAUUCAGAAGCAGUACGGCUGGCAGAGAAACUUCGAGAAGAAGAAGAAAAAGUGGCGGAUAUGGAACGCCAAGUAACGCGUCUUGCCGCCACCAUCGUCGGGGAGCGUUCAAAAGUCGACAAGGAGCAAUUGAUUCAAGACUUGACGAAGCAAACCACGCUGGCUCUGCAGUACAAGCAACAGGUCACUUCUCUGCGCGACAUGCUGGAACAACAAGGCGUUGUCAAGGGUAAUGGAGCGAAAACCACUGAGUCGGUCAAGGAAAGGCCAUCAUCUCAAAGCUCCCCAAUCUCCUCAGAAGAGCCAGAAGAGCUACGUAAAGCACGGGAGGAGCUGAAACAAGCGAACGCGAAAAUUGAGGAAUUGAAGCGCCCAAAUCCCGAUCUCAGCAAGCUCCAGAGCCUCGCGCAGAGCUCCGAGAAGAAAGCGCAGGAGCUCGAAAAGGAGAAUGAUAGUCUCAAGCAAACCUUGGCGCGCGUCAAGCAGGAAAUGUCGCGGUACGAGGGCCGGCGCAAGGAGAAGGAGACAAAACUGAAGCAAAGAGAGACCAAGCUAGAGGCACGUAUUCAAGAGUACCGCGAGCGCCUCAAGACAACGACCCAAGAGCACAGGGAGUCGGAAGAGAGGCUGCGGGCCAGCUUCGACGAGGAACGCAGCCGGAUGCAGAACCAGAUUGAACUUCUGAAGGUCAGAGCGUCGGCCAUGGACGGCGUCCCGAUUCUGCGGCCCCAGCAACGGCAUUCCCUCAGCCCGCGUAAAGAAUACGCCGGCGUGCAGGUGCACGAUUUUGCCUCGCGGGAUCACCCAGAAAUAGACGAUGAGGCCACAGACCACUUAGAAGCACCACCAAGUCCGAGCCCGCGUUCCAAGACCCGAGAACAGCGCCAUAACCACACGCGCAGUGCGACAACAGGCGGGCUCGAUCUCAAACGCGCUGCGCGAAACAUCGCAGCUGACGACGACGAAGUCACGCACUACCUGAACGAAAUCCUGCCUAAACCACAUCACGGCUCACACCGUGCCAACCUUGACAGGGUCAUCCCAUCCUCGCCACCAGAUCUCGCAGCACUAAAAGUUCUGGGCCCUGGCCAAUCGAAGUAUCUCAACGCGGGUGAGAACCAGCGCAGCUACCGCUCUCUUUACCGGCGUGAUGCUGCAGACAAUAACGGACAGCGCUACGGAAAUCUCACGCAUCGCCCACGCCCACACAUCCAGUCCACUUUAGAAUCAGUAUCGGCACUUCCGUCUUCGCGUCCUCCAUAUGCCGGGUACACUAUUGCCGCAGGUGAGCGCGGGCACCGGCGGACUGGGCUGGCAGAUAUGAGAGGUGAAUUGUUGUCGCCUGAGCGUAUUGCUGCAGCCAAGUCAAGGCUGAAGCAGAAGCAUGAUAGUCGGAAGGUGAAGGCGUUGGGAAAGGAGAAUACCGGCAGAGAAAUGUGUUGA